GUAUUCCCCUUUGCAAAAAUGGAAAAAUUAAAACUGUAAAAAAAUAAUUGAAAAGUGAGAUUAUAAAAUAGAACUGGUGUAUAAUGUAUGAUGAGAGCCUUUUUAAUUUGUCUUCUACCUUACAUUCUGGCUAAUGGUUUAGCUUCAGCAAUGGAAUACGAAUCAUUGAAGGAUGAUCUCCUUUCUCCUUACCCUGCUCACCAUUCACCCGUUCAAUCAUCACGAACCACCCGAGAUAUACACCCAUUGUUACAUAACAAUACAUACCUCACAUACAAUGCUCAUUCUUCAGAAAAUUUAUUUCCAGUUACUAAUACCAGAUACUUUGUAUCAGACAUUGCUUUAAACCAAUGGAGUACAUACAACAAAAACCAUGUGUAUGGCCAUGUCACCACAAUAUACAAUCCAUCUAAGACCUUUAGUGUGUUGGAAGCCACUUAUGGUGGUUGUCAGGGUAAUCAACUUGAUACUUCAGUGAACGCAGCAAGGAGGGGGCAGUGCUUUGUCGCUCAAAACGGUGGUUAUUUUAACACAAAAACACAAUCCUGUCUUGGUAAUGUUAUAUCUAGAGGUAGAACGUUGCACACCUCAGAUGCUACUAAUGCACAUUUCGGUAUUUUAUCCAAUGGUUCUAUAGUAGUGGGGUAUAUAUCUGAUGCUGAUUUGAGACGAUUGAAUUUUACAAAUUUGGUUGGUGGUGUGAUAUGGCUUGUUAGAAAUGGAACUUCAUUUGUUGAAGAAUCAGUUUCAAUGGAGAGUUCUGAUACAGAAGAAACUGGAACUUUGAGAUACUUCAGUGAUGUUCAGUCAGCACGUACAGCUAUUGGUCACGAUAAACAUGGAUGGGUUGUUCUUGUGCAAGUAGAUGGACAAACUGGAGCAAGAGGAGUUAACUUAAAUUCAUUCUCAAAGUUUUUGAUAGAAGAUCUUCACCUUGUCAAUGCGAUCAAUCUUGAUGGUGGAGGGUCGGCAACACUGGUGAUAAAUGGCACUUUAGCUAACACACCAUCUGACCAUUGUAAGGGAAAUCCACAAUGGAGAUGUGCGAGAGCCAUAUCAACCAUUGUGUGCGCACAUUCACCUAUAUGUGACCAACACUGUGAGGAUGGAGAGUGUAUUCAUGGAAGAUGUCAGUGUCAUGAAAAUUAUGUUGGAUCAUCAUGUAAUGAGUUAUCUUGUGGAAAACAUAACUGCUCUGAUCAUGGACACUGCACUGCAAGUGGUUGUGUGUGUAAUGCUGGAUGGAGUUCCACAGCUUGUGACAUCCCAUGUAAUGGCACAAUGUAUGGAAGAAAUUGCACUCAGGAAUGUAAAUGUUCUGAACAUGGGGUUUGUGAUCCAGUGAAUGGAGAUUGUGAGUGUGAAGCUGGUUUUCAUGGAGAUAGGUGUAGUACAGUUUGUCUACCUUGGAAAUAUGGUAAGAAUUGUCAAUUUCAAUGUCAUUGUGGGGAAUCCUGUUUUUGUGAUGCAGUCACUGGUAAAUGUGGAAAUUACAAUAAUAGUAGAACCCAAGAGAUUGCAGAAGUUUCUUCAUGUAUUGAGUCAAUGGGUAACAGGAACAAGCAACAAGUUGUAUAUGAGGGUUUAUCUAAUGAAGAACUUUACGCCCGCCUUCUCAGUUUGAUUUGCACAAUAUCGUUGUUGCUUGUAAUAAGCAUGUGUGUCAACUUUAUACUUCUAUGGCAACGACAUAUCUCUAACAAAGCAGAGCAAGAGGUUGAAGAAUACGAGAUUGUAACGGAUGAUACUGAACAUACAGCUUCAUCUACAAGUCUACCUUCCCCACAACGUGUUGCUUCUUUAAAGUCCAGAAGCGAAGAAGUAAAAGCUAAGUUUCGUGAAAUGGUGAAACUAAAAAUGAAGCACUUCUGGUCGAACGGAUAUGAAAGGGUUGCUGCUGAUAACUCUGAUAGUGGAGAAUAUCAUGAAUUAAGUUUGCUGUCUCCUACUUAAAGAAAAGCCUUGCUCGUUUUAAUAUAUUGAUCAUACAAACAUAUUAGUUUUACUUUACAUUACACCUUAUGCCAUUGUUUUCAUUUUAAUAAGCGGAUUCCAUUUGUUGCCUUUUCUUUGGUUUUUAUUUAGAAUUAAGCUAGCUGCGAAUAUAAAUAAUGUCAAAUGUAUUGUUUGUAACCUUAUGCAAAAAUGACAAUAAUUUACCGCAACACACAUGCAGUGCUGCGCUAUGACAAUCUUUCCUUAGCCCAAGUUUCACUGAGUGUACAGUAUGCAUUUUUUGAUGUACUUGAGUUUCAGAUACAAAAAUAUUUUAUGUAUUAUAUUUUUGUUAACAUGGUAGUGAUACUGUUUUCCAAUGUACUUCCUUUUGGUGCAAUAGAUUUUGGUGACUUUAUUUUGAUGUAUUUUCAUGCCUUAACACCUGUUUAACUUUUCUUAUAUUGUACCUUGCUCUAACUGUAAUUGCAAACUUCAACAACACUAUAACAAACUUGUAAAAUUCUU